UUUUAUUUAUCUUUUCGUAGGUUCUUUUGCAAAGUUUAAAUUGUAUAGUUAAUCUAAUUAAUGACUUCUACCUAUUUCAUAUUUUGUAGUUAUUUAUGUUAUUUAUUAAUUGAAGUAUCUUCAAGAUAUAACAACAUUUAAUGGCUUAGCUAAUUCUUUAAUCUUAAUUGCCUUUUAUACAAAAAAUAGUCGUUAAAAAAUUAAUAACACAAACAAAGAAUAAUGAGCCAGUGACUGUAACAUAUCAAAAUAUUCAAGUUCCUCCUUUUAUCGAGAGAAGAAUUAGAUACUUAAAGAACAAACAGAAAAAUGGAUAUUCAAGUGCAACGACUGAGAUCAAUUGCUGAUCAAGAAAAUAAAUAUGCUAUAAAAGGAAAAGCGACCAUGGCGUUGCCUAGCAAACGUCAAGGUUUAAAUGUGAGAGGCGCUUUGGGAGAGUUGAAUAGUAAUUUGCAAACUCGGAAAGAAACCAAAAUUGGAAAAGUGGCUGCUGAAAGUCAUAAGAAAAAUGCAUUAAACUAUGGGACUUUGAGGAAUUAUAGUCAUGUGCAGCCAAGGGUUGAUUCUGGACUCUCUAACAAAAAUAUAAUACAACCAUCAUCAAGACCACCAAUACGACGGGAUGAGAACAAUACAAAUAUAGCUGUCAGAGCUAUUCCUAGGACUAUGGCUGUCCUCCAAGAAAAUAAUAAGCAAACUGAUAUAAAAAAUGUAAAUAUACAAACAAAAAAACAAGACAUCAAGCAAUUUGGAAAAUUAACAACUCUUAGAGAAACCAAGGUAUCAAAACCUAUUGCCAAGGAACCUAUAGAGUUAUUACAGAAACUCAAGUUAGUUGAGUCUGAGCACAACACAGGUUUAAUCAAUUAUAGCAAUUUAGAAAAAAAAGCUGCACUAUAUGAAAUAUCUUCUACUUGUUCUACACCAACUAUUCCUAAUGAUAUUGAAGAUAUUGAUGCAGGAGACAAGAACAGUCCAUUGCUAAUGUCUGUAUAUAUCAAGGAUAUAUAUCACUAUUUAACUGAAUUGGAAAAGAAAUAUCCUAUUGAGCCUGACCAUUUGAAAAGACAGAGUGUAAUCACUGGUAAGAUGCGGGCGACGUUGAUAGAUUGGCUGGUGGAGGUGCAGAUUCAAUUUUCACUUGUAUUAGAGACAUUACAUUUAACUGUUGGAAUUCUUGACAGAUAUUUACAGGCGGCGCCAAACGUGCAACGCACUCAGUUACAGCUGGUCGGCGUAACAGCAAUGUUCAUUGCUAGCAAAUAUGAGGAGAUCUAUCCUCCAGACGUCAGAGAUUUUAUAUAUAUGACAGACAAAGCAUACACCAAAUCUGAUAUAUUUAAGUGUGAAAGGGACAUCAUGUCAAAACUUGGAUUCUGUUUAGCCAGACCAAUACCACUUAGUUUUCUAAGAAGAUUUGUGAAAGCAGCUCAUGGAACAUCAAAAAAUCAUCAUUUGGCAAAAUAUUUUGUUGAUCUAUCUCUGGUAGAAUACUCAAUGGCCCAUUACAAGCCGUCGGAAUUGGCGGCAGCUGCUAUUUGCCUCUCUCUAUAUUUACUGUCUAGCAAAAAGUUAGAAGAAGUGUGGACACCAACAUUGUUCUAUUAUUCUGGUUACUCACUUGCACAUAUUGAACCUAUAAUUAGGAAAUUAGUAAAUAUAGUAAUUAAUGUUGACAAUUCCAAGCACAAGGCAGUGUACAAUAAAUAUUUAGAUGUAACUUUAGCUAAAGUAUCAAGCCUGCCCCAGCUUAGAGGAGAAGCUAUUUAUGAAUUAGCCAAAAUAUCAUUAGACACAAGACAAUAAUAAUUCUCUUGUAUAAUUAUUACAUGACUAUAUAUUAUACUGAUGGACUGAAUUUUUAUGUAAAAGUGCAUUAGGUACCUGUUUUAUUUGUAAUACAGAAGUAGUGUAAUGAAGUAAUGUAAUGAUAGAAAUUAGUCAUAAUAGAAGUUAAUAUAAAAUGGGUUUAUACUAACAUAUUCCAUAAGAAUUUUAGGGUGUCA